GGUGUCCGGAGGCCUCCGGGCGCCCAGCGGCCGGCAUGAGCGCCGCCGAGGUGGACCGUCACGUAGCCCAGCGGUACCUGCUCAAGCGGCGGCUCGGGAAGGGGGCCUACGGCAUUGUGUGGAAGGCGGUGGAUCGGAGGACCGGCGAGGUUGUGGCCAUCAAGAAAAUCUUCGAUGCCUUUAGGCAUAAGACGGAUGCCCAGAGAACGUUUCGGGAAAUCAUGCUGCUCCAGGAAUUUGGGGACCACCCCAACAUUGUCCGCCUCCUGGACGUGAUCCCGGCAGAGAACGACAGGGACAUCUACCUGGUGUUUGAGUCUAUGGACACUGACCUGAAUGCCGUCAUCUGCAAGGGCGGCCUGCUGACGGACAUCCACAGGCGCUGCAUCUUCUACCAGCUCCUGCGGGCCACCAAGUUCAUCCACUCAGGACGUGUCAUCCACCGGGACCAGAAGCCGUCCAAUGUUCUCCUGGACGCCAGCUGCUUGGUGAAGCUCUGUGACUUCGGCCUUGCCCGUCCCCUCAGCGGCCUCCCUGAAGGGCCGGAGGGCCAGGCCCUGACAGAGUAUGUGGCCACACGCUGGUACCGGGCUCCGGAGGUACUGCUGUCCUCGAGCAGGUACACCCCUGGGGUGGACAUGUGGAGUCUGGGCUGCAUCCUGGGGGAGAUGCUUCGGGGGAGGCCCCUGUUCCCUGGCACAUCCACACUCCACCAGCUGGAGCUGAUCCUGGAGACCAUCCCACCACCAUCUGAGGAGGACCUCCUGGCUCCGGGCUCCACCUACAGCGCCUCUGUCCUGCACCGUCUGGGGGCCCGGCCACGGCAGACGCUGGACGCCCUCCUGCCGCCCGACACCCCCCCGGAGGCCCUGGACCUCCUCAGGCGACUCCUGGUGUUUGCCCCGGACAAACGGCUUAGUGCCGCCCAGGCCCUGCAGCACCCCUACGUGCGGAGGUUCCACUGCCCGGCCCGGGAAUGGGCCCUGGAGGCGGAUGUGCGGCUCCCGGUGCACGAAGGAGUCCAGCUCUCGGCCCCCGAGUAUCGCAGCCGCCUCUAUCAGAUGAUCCUGGAGCGCAAGGGCAGCAGCAGCGUGCCGAGAGAGAACCGCCUGGGGGGCGGCCCUUCGGGGGCGGAGCACAGCGCCCCCCGGCCCCGGGCGCCCCCGCCCAAACCCGGAGCCGCCACCGCGCUGCCCUCGGGCUCGCCGGCGCAGAACCCUGGACGCAGGCCUCAGACUGGCCCCGGCCAGGAGCCCGCGCCCGAAGCCCCUGGCGGAGCCACGAGCCUUCCCAGGCAGAGCUCGGCCCCCCUGCUCCAGCCUCCACUCCCAGGAGGUCCUGGGAGAGGGGAAAGGCCCCCCGGGGCGACGGCAGCGCCCCCCUCGGCACCCUCGUGGGUGAAGCCCAGCGUGAGGGGGGCGGCGACCUCCCUGACCUCGCAGGCCGCCGCCCAGGUGGCCGUUCAGGCCCUGAUCCGGAGUGACCGCGACCCGGGCAGAGGGGUGAGGGCGGCCGGCGCGCCACGGGUCCCCCACGGGCUUCCCCGCAAGCCCCGGCCUGGCCGGAGGAUGUUCGGCGCCUCGGCCUUGCAGGGGGCCCAGGGGGCCGCGCAGGCCGCGCUCGGGGGCUACUCGCAAGCCUACGGCACCGUCUGCCGCUCGGCGCUGGGCCGCCUGCCCCUGCUCCCGGGACCCCGCGCGUGAGCUGCCCUCUCGCCCUCAACCCGCGCACGCCCGCCCCCCACUCCAGGCCCCGGAUCAACCCCCCCUCCGACCCCCAGCGCUCUCCACCCCCCUUUUCCCCACCCCUCCCUUCCUUGCCUAGCUUCUUGUCCAGGCCUCUGUGGGGGGUAGAUGAGGUUCCCACCCCAGCCCCAAUCACUUCUGCCAAUAAAGUCUUGUCAGUCUCCAGCCUAGCUGCCCACCUUUCACCCUCACUAAGGGACUCCCUCUGAGGCCACAGUACCGGUUUCCAGAGGACCGCCUUCGGAGGACCCUGUCCCAUAUCUAGGACAGACCCCAUGAGAAGCCGUGUUGUUACCAUCUGCUGUCACCCUGUGGCUCCUGUCUACCCGGCCCCCAGUGUUUUCCCUCCAGGCUCAGGGCAUCUAAGACUUGGCUGAGGGGUGCCUUGGGGCCAGCUUCCUGUCCCUUGUCCACACACGCCAUGGGGCCUUCCUGGUGCCAAGCUGUCAGAUCCCAGCCUGGACCUGCUACAGGGUCCAUGCUGUCCCCAGGGUGGUCCUGGCAGGGCAGGGACCUGUGCCUGGGCGCAAGCCACCACGUGACCACAUUUGUGACCCUGAGCCAGAGAGGAAAAGGAGAAGAGAUAAUGAGGCAGUGCCCCAGGGCACAGACCCUGACUGUGGUCAUUGUCAGUGACCCCAGCCUGUGCCCCCCCACACAGUGACUGGCUCCUGGUUUGUCCUGGGGGAGGGUGGGGGACACCCUAGGGAUGUCUUGUGGGGCUCAAGGCUACCUCCUCUGGUCACCACCCAGCAAAGGGCCUGGUGUGAGUCUGGU